AUGAAUAACAGUAGAUCAAAGUUAUUGGUGGAUAUUGCAAACUCCAGAAAUAAUGUUUUAUGCGUUUCUGAAGCACAAAAUUUAAUUAAUUAUAUUGCUGAAGCUAAUGAGGAUACACCUACAUAUACCGAAAAAGAUGUAUCAAUGGAUCUUGAGAAUCGGCAUUUGGAAGUUUCUAUCGACGAAAGACAAGCUGCCGAAGCGCAUAGUGAUGAUUUGAAUUAUAUAAUCGAUACGGUAGGGGAAAUUUCGAAUGUUGAAAUUGAAAAUUACGAUCUCACCACGCCCAUUUGUGAAGAUGAAACACCACAAUCAAUACCUGAAAAUUGUGGUUCAACACCAAUGCCAAGUCCAUGCGUGUCCUUUGGGGACACUGUAAACGAAUGUAACUAUUUAAGCGAAAAAAAUUAUAGAAAACUGAACUGUGGCCUUAAUUUGAAAUUGACUAGUGGGAGGAAAAAGAAGGAACAAGAACCAAAACUAGACAAGUUGUUCAAUAAUCCUAUUCCUAUCACCGAAGUGAAAUAUAAAGACUUGGUUAGUUUAUGCGAUACAAUGAUUAUCCCAAAAAAAUAUCAUGACUUCUACAAGAAUCUUAAGCAUAGUAAAGAAGAUACUUAA